AUGGCGAUUAGCAGCCGCAACACGGUCACCCUCCGCAGCUCCCACGGCGAGGAGUUCGUUGUCCAAGCGGACACGAUCGCGGCGGCGUCGGCGCUGAUCAAGCAAACGAUGGAGAAGGACUGCGCCGCCAGCGUGAUCCCGCUACCCCAGGUGACCGGCCGCAUCCUCGCCCGCGUCGUCGACUACUGCAAUCGCCAUUACGCCGACGCCGACGCGGCCGCGUACGCGUACGCCAGUCCCUUCUUGGUCGACCCCGACCUGGAGCGCUUCGACACCGACUUCGUCAGCGGCAUCGACCAGGACACGCUCUUCAUGCUCCUCCUCGCCGCCAAAGACCUCGACGUAGAGGGGCUCCUGAACCUGGCGUGCAAGACGGUGGCCGACCAGAUGAGGGGCAAGACGGUCGAGGGCAUGCGCGCACACUUCGGCAUCGUCAAUGACUACACCCCGGAGGAGGAGGCUGAGCUCCGCAGGGAACUUUCAUGGGCGUUGUAGUAAACACACAAAUCACUACCCAAUCACGUUCUUCUUUUUUUACUUUUGGCGAUUUGUUGCUGCCAUGGACUAGCAACGUUCCUCGGUGCUCGACUUCAUGAUAGUAGUUUCUUAUACACAUUUAAUGGGAUAUGUCAGGACCUAUUUUCU